AUGCCGCGCCGCACCUACAACAUCGCUAUGGUUAGCGAUUUCUUCUUUCCCCAGCCUGGGGGUAUCGAAAGCCACAUCUACCAGCUCGCAUCCAAGUUGAUUGACCGCGGCCACAAGGUGAUCGUUAUCACCCAUGCCUACGACGAUCGCAAGGGCAUCCGCUACCUUACCAACGGCAUCAAGGUCUUCCACGUCCCCUUCGCGGUCAUAUAUCGCUCAGCCACUUUUCCCACCGUCUUCUCCUUCUUCCCGCUUUUCCGUAAUAUCAUCAUCCGGGAACGUAUCGAGAUUGUCCAUGGCCACGCGAGCUUGAGUAGCCUGUGUCAGGAGGCCAUGCUCCAUGCUAGAACGAUGGGAUUGCGAACGGUCUUCACCGACCACUCGCUAUUUGGCUUCGCCGACGCGGCGAGCAUCCUGACGAAUAAGCUGUUGAAGUUUACUCUGAGCGACGUGGACCAUGUCGUCUGCGUUAGUAAUACAUGCAAGGAGAAUACGGUCUUGAGGGCAUCUCUGGAUCCUCUCAUGGUAUCUGUCAUACCAAAUGCUGUUGUCUCCGAUAACUUCAGACCUCUUCCACGUCCCGACCCGAGUACGAUGGCAUUCGUCCAGCACCCCUUGCCCGCACACCCUCUCGGCCCUAACGACACCCUCACGAUCGUAGUGAUUAGUCGUCUUUUUUACAACAAAGGGACAGACCUCCUCACCGCAGCCAUACCCAGAAUCCUCGAGAACCACCCCAACACGCGAUUCAUCAUUGCCGGGUCGGGGCCUAAAGCCAUCGAAUUAGAACAGAUGAUUGAACAGAACGUCUUGCAAGACAAGGUGGAAAUGUUAGGGCCUGUGCGACACGAGAACGUGAGAGAUGUCAUGGUGAGAGGGCAUAUCUAUCUGCACCCUAGCUUGACCGAAGCCUUCGGUACCGUCAUCGUCGAAGCCGCAAGCUGUGGUCUCUAUGUCGUGUGUACAGCAGUUGGAGGGAUCCCCGAAGUCCUACCGUCCCAUAUGACUGUGUUUGCGAAGCCCGAAGAGGACGACCUAGUUGCCGCGACCGGAAGAGCUAUUGCGGCCCUCCGGGCGAACAGGGUUCGGACGGAAAAGUUUCACGAGCAGGUGAAGUCUAUGUACUCGUGGACUAAUGUCGCGAAGCGGACCGACCGUAUCUACCGAGGCAUAUCCGGCGAUAUCAGCGAGGCGGAAUUCUACGGCUUUGAUGUUGGUCAUGACCGGCACUGGCGCGCUACGCGAGGGCGCAACUUCGCCCUCAUCGACAGACUAAAACGCUACUACGGCUGCGGGGUGUGGGCUGGGAAGCUGUUUUGCCUAUGCGUGAUCAUCGACUACUUGAUAUUCGUGCUCUGCGAGUGGUUCUGGCCGAGGGACCAGAUCGAUAUCGCCCGAGACUGGCCACGGAAACAGAUAAACAGUGAUGACGACGACGAUCACUAA